AUGGCUUGCACCUCUGCAAAUUCAUUACUCCAAUUAAAGUGUUCUUCCCACCAGAAGCCAAUUUUGAAUUUGAGAAGAAACAUUGCUCUUCAUCAUCACUCACCCGGUAACCCAUCCAUCUUAUUCCGUAAAGGGUUUACGCAUCAAAGUCAAAGACAAUUUAUACCUACGAGUAAAUUUAGAGUUAUACGAGCUGUGGCAAUUCCACUAGAACCAGCUCCAGUGGAAAGUGCGGAGUACAGAAAAGAGCUAGCUGAAUGCUACAGUUUUAACCAAAUCGGAGAACCACUUCCGGAGACUGUUACGUUGAAGGAUGUCAUCACUUCUCUUCCUAAGAAGGUUUUUGAGAUUGAUGAUGUGAAAGCAUGGAAAACUAUUUUGAUAUCAGCCACUUCGUAUGCGUUGGGGCUUCUUAUGAUUUCUAAAGCACCCUGGUAUUUACUUCCUCUGGCUUGGGCUUGGAUGGGGACUGCUGUAACUGGGUUCUUUGUUAUAGGACAUGAUUGCACUCACAAAUCAUUUUCAACAAACAAAUUGGUAGAAGACAUUGUGGGAACUCUGGCCUUUUUACCACUAAUUUAUCUAUAUGAGCCAUGGCGAUUUAAGCACGACAAGCAUCAUGCAAAAACAAACAUGUUGAAAGAAGAUACUGCUUGGCAUCCUAUUUGGAAAGACGAGUUUGAGUCAAAUCCACUUUUGAGGAAAGUUAUAAUAAAUGGAUACGGUCCAUUUCGAUGCUGGAUGUCUAUAGCUCACUGCAAUUGGAUGGCUAUCAAUUAUUUACAAGACUGGAAUCAUGAGAUGGAGUUCACAGAGGCAGAGAGUAACAUGAAUGAUUUGGUAGCAGAGUACCAACAAUACCAGGAUGCAAUUGCCAAGGAAGAAGAUAAUUGGCCCAAUUCUUCAACAACUCAAGUCAAUCAGAUUCAAGCAAUUUAUCAGGUCUGGAAUCUGGGUUUUAAGUCACGAAGAUCGUCUCAGGGGAUAGCCGGAAAUUCGUCUUGGCAAGGAUCAAAAACUCUUACUAAGCCACAGAGUUCUUUUUCACAUGCUAGUAACUUGAAUAGGAUGAUUGAGGCAACAAAUUCACGGAGCUCCAAUAUCGAAACUGGUCCUCAGCUGCAGCCAAAUCUUGCAUUGCAGUUCUGA